CUGGAACUAGCACAGGAGGAGGAGUCAGGAGGAAGUUGCUCAAGUGGUGCCGCGUUUAGAUCAGGUAUCACUUUGCAAUCCUGAGUCUGAAUUUCCUAACUGCAAUUCACCCCUUUAAAACUUUAAAUACCAGAAAGACCUAAAAGACGCUUUGUGUUUGAAAGUACGUGAUCAGGACAUUUGUCAAGGCAUAAUGUUCACACGCACCCUUUGGGACAGCGUGGAACUUCACAGCUGCCUGUUGGGGAGGACUCCUCCUGCAUCCCACAAUCCUUCAGGCCGAUCGGAUAAAUAUGGCGGAGGGGGGUUCGGCUGGAUUCGUUGAGCGACUGAAGCGAUGCGUCAGUUGGUCUUGGACCUAUUUGUGGGCACUCUGGUUUGUUUUGGUGUUUGGCCUCCUCUACAUCCUGCGGGCACCGCUCAAGCUGCACGAGAACCUCAGCGCAGUAACUGCAUUUCUCAACACAUUGACUCCGAAGUUCUAUGUGGCAUUAACAGGGACAUCUUCACUCAUAUCAGGACUCAUAUUAAUUUUUGAAUGGUGGUAUUUUCGUAAAUACGGCACGUCCUUCAUUGAGCAGGUCUCUGUGAGCCAUUUGCGGCCACUUCUUGGCGCAGUGGAUAAUAACACGCCUACGAUUAACUUUACUGCCAGCAAUGGAGAAGCUGAGUCGAACAGGCAAAAUGUUUCAGAAUGUAAGGUAUGGAGAAACCCACUGAACCUAUUUAGAGGAGCUGAGUACAACAGAUACACAUGGGUCACAGGAAGAGAGCCUUUGACAUAUUAUGAUAUGAAUCUGUCUGCACAGGAUCAUCAGACAUUUUUUACGUGUGAUACAGAUCAUGCCAGACCCGCAGAUGCAGUGAUGCAGAAAGCUUGGCGAGAGAGGAAUGCUCAAGCUAGAAUGAAGGCAGCAUAUCAAGCAUUGGAAUUAAACAAUGAGUGUGCCACUGCAUAUGUUCUCCUGGCUGAGGAGGAAACAACAACAAUACUUGAAGCUGAGAAAUUAUUUAAGCAGGCACUGAAAGCUGGGGAGGUGUGCUACAGGAGGAGCCAGCAGCUUCAGCACCAUGGUCCACAACAAGAGGCACAGCACAGGCGAGACACAAAUGUCUUAGUUUACAUCAAACGAAGGCUUGCAAUGUGUGCGAGAAAACUGGGAAGAAUACGAGAAGCAGUGAAACUAAUGAGAGAUUUAAUGAAAGAGUUUCCACUCCUUAGUAUGUUGAAUAUCCAUGAAAAUUUAUUAGAAGCUCUUUUGGAGCUUCAGGCAUAUGCUGAUGUACAGGUAGUCUUGGCCAAAUACGAUGAUAUUAGCUUGCCAAAGUCAGCAACUAUAUGCUAUACAGCCGCACUGCUAAAAGCACGAGCCGUUUCAGACAAGUUCUCACCAGAGGCAGCCUCUCGGCGAGGACUCAGCACGGCAGAAAUGAAUGCUGUGGAAGCAAUACACAGAGCAGUGGAGUUUAACCCACAUGUGCCAAAGUAUUUACUAGAAAUGAAAAGUUUAAUUUUGCCACCGGAACACAUUCUGAAGCGGGGAGACAGUGAAGCAAUAGCAUAUGCUUUCUUUCACCUUCAGCACUGGAAGAGAGUGGAGGGAGCCCUUAACCUAUUGCACUGCACAUGGGAAGGCACUUUUCGAAUGAUCCCAUAUCCCUUGGAGAAAGGUCAUCUUUUCUAUCCAUAUCCCAGCUGCACAGAAACAGCAGACCGAGAGUUAUUGCCAUCUUUCCAUGAAGUUUCAGUGUAUCCAAAGAAGGAGCUCCCAUUCUUCAUCCUGUUCACAGCAGGGCUGUGUUCAUUCACUGCCAUGUUGGCACUUCUCACACACCAGUUUCCAGAACUUAUGGGGGUCUUUGCUAAAGCUUUCUUCAGUACACUCUUUGCACCCUUCAACUUUGUGAUGGAGAAGAUCGAGAGUGUCUUACCCUCCAGCUUCUGGCACCUGCUGACCCGAAUCUGACAGAAAUAGUUCAUAAUAAACAGAUCCAGCUCUUCUUUUCUCCCCCUAAUCCAGCAACACCACAACGACCCCCCUCCACCCCACCCCCAUCCCAACCUUACUCUGUGGAUCUGUCAGUUGCAACAGAACACUGGCCAGGCUGAGGCAUAGGAAGGGAGAAGCCAAGGAGAAAGCUACUACUGCAAGUCGAGACACUGUUACUUUUGCCAGGUCUGGAUACGUUAACCUUUUAUCAAAGAACUGAGGAGAAAUUCAGUUUUUUUCUCACAGAAGUGGAGAGAUGGACAGAAAAUUAAAAGGAGAAAAAAAUAAAGUUAAAUUUGUGCAAUGUC